AUGAAGGGCAGCCGUUCCGGCAGCCUGAGCUUUGGAGGAAAUUCGACUGUCGAGCUGCCAUGGGAUCUGCCACCUCCUCCGCAGGUUGCUCCUUCCAUCGAAGACGUGAAUGGCAAGGACUCUGGCAAAGCCGAGAAGGAGCUGACUUCUGCAAGGCCCUUUAUGCAAAACGGCAGCUCCAAAGCCGAUUUCGGCGAGGUGAACAUGGCAUUGGAGGCUUUGCCUUUGAAUUUGCCACCUCCACCUCAGCCACCGCCUCCUCUGUGGCAAGCAGGCAAAGCAGCUGUAGACACAUGCCCGUGCCCCUGCAGUGGGCAUAGCAGCAGUCAGUGCUCCAGACCCUUUCGUCCUUCUGGGCGGAAUCCCUGGGAGAGCCCAGCCAGUCUGCACGAGCAAGACUGGGAGCACAAGGCCAGAGAGUUCUUCAACCCAGGCAUUCAGGCUGAAAAACCGGAGUUUGACACUGCAGCUAUGCAGAAGUGGGGUGAGGGUAUCGAGGGCCUUGCCGACCUCUCACCGCUGAGCAGUCAUCAGAAUUUGAAUGCCGUUGAAUCGCAGAUCUUCGGCGAAUGGCAGUUGCAGGCCAGGGAGGCGUUAAUAAACGAGACGCUCGAUGACAUCACUUUCGUGCAGGAAAGCUAUGCGGCAGCAGAACGAGAUCUGGAGUGGCGUAAAGCCACGACCAUGUCCAAGCGUCAGCAGAUUGAAACCCGGCAGGCGGAGCUGGCCGUUUAUCAGAAACGUGUGCAGGUCCAGGAAAAGGACGUCGUUGCGGAUGAAGAACUCAUCCGAUGCAGAGAAGCACAGCUUGACGCCGAUGCACAGCAUUUGAGACGAUGUGAAAAUGCUUUGAAGGCGGAAGCCAAACGAGUGAAGCAAAGACGAGAUGACUUGGACAACAGUGAGCCCAUGCUCCAGCGCAAGGAAGAGGAGCUCGUUCGCAUGCAAGAAGAGUUAAGCAAGCUGGAAAAGGAAGUCUCAGAAGCAGAGCAAGAGAUUCAGCAUCGGAGUGCAGAUAUUGCUUCUGCAGAAGCCCAGCUUCGGCGUCGAAGGGCGGAAUUGAGCUCACGCCACGCAGAGGUAGCAGGCGACAGGCGUGUGUUGAACGGUCGCGAAGCUGAACUUCAACAUUCGCAUGUGUCGCACCCGCCUGGUCCCGACGCAGUGGUGGCACAGGUGCCACAGGUGCCGUCGCUUCAUCCCCAGGUGCAGAGCACGCCUCAGGCGGCCGUUGCAACAGCACCGUGUGCACCUGCGUUUGCUCAGCCUUUUGUGCCUUCUCCAGUCCCGCCGACACCGGUGGUUGCACCUCCGAUGCUUGCUCCUCCCACUACUCCCGCACCUGCUGAUCCAGUUCAGCAAAAUUUGGCUUUGCAGCUCCAACAAACACAGCAGAUGCUACAGAUGCAGCAGAUGCAGCAGCUCCAGCAUUUUAUGAAGGGUGGCUUUGGAGAUGAUGUGAAGGAAAAGGAGAGAGAAAACAAAUUGCAAGUCCUGGAAGAGACGGUCCUCGAGCGACUGGAGGCCUUAGAGAGGCAUGAGGCCGCUCUAGCUGCCGUCAUGGCUGCUGCAGCUCAGGCAGCAAAAGAAACUCAAGAAGCGACAGCAGCGAUUGUCAGCCAAAGCACUGAAGCGGCCGAAGACACUGCAGCAGCGAUUAUGGCGAAAAGCUCCGAAGUGGUUCGAAGUGCAGUGCAAGACAUGACGGAAGCAUUGGCUGUCAGGGAACGGGAGGCGCAGGAAGCACUUCAGGCUAUGACCAAUAGGUCAGCCAUGUCUGGCGUGAAGGCUCCGGUCAAGACGGUGCCGGUGCAUCAGAACGUUGAGCCUUUGCCGCAGCCUUCCGUUCAGACGUGCACCAGUGAACCUGUACAGCAGGCGGCUCCAGCGAUGCCUGUGUCUGUGGCUUGCAACACAGACCGACUUGAUCUGCCCGAGAACGUUGAGGAGGCACUUUCGUCUCGGCCUGAACCACACGCACAACGCGACCGCGAUCCAGAAAGCUGGACGGACGGGCACGCUUCCGCAACUUCGCUCAGGAAUGUCUACGAAGCUCUGCAAGGCCAGCACCAAGCACCGUUGGCACUGGUUCGACCCAUCGGUGCAAGAAGGGCUGCCUUGCGUGAAGGAUCAGGUAUUGAGGAGGUGCAGACCUUGGCUUCGACUGCGGCCUUUUUGCGCGGAGAGCAGCCUCAGCUGGGAGGUGUGCAAGACGGUGGCGAGCUAUGGUGUGGGGAGAGUGACAUCACUUCAAUCGCUGCCCACAUGGACGGACAGGAUGCUGAGCCAGUGAGGCUGACCGAAGAAAGCAUGCUGGACGAACAGAUCAUGAACAGAAGCAGCAUUCUGCAACGCACAGAGGCAGACGAAAUGAGUGAAACGAACUCGGCGAGCGAGCCUAGCCCUAUUCAGUCCAAGGCGCCAGCAGUGGCCUGGGAGAUUAGCCUAUCUGAUUGGCCUCGUACUACAUGUCAGAGGCCACCCGGUCAGAGCCCAGCAGAGUUGGGCAAAAAGCGGAUGUACAAGGCCCAGGAGGCAGCAAAACGGCAGGUUGAGGGACCAAAACCGCCCGGGCCGACCAGGAGCAAAGCCACCACGACCAAGACUUCGAGAGCUGAGGAGCUUAGCUAUCGCCCCAAGGACGAAUGUGCUGCAAGGAAAUCACAUGUUUUGUGA